GAGAAAACAUGGACUGCUUUCGAUAACAGACUCGGGAUGUUCAGGACAUAAUCACUCACAUACAACGAAACGACUCCACAUGCACACAUCACUGACUUUCACGCGCAAACACCAAAUAUUGAACGAAGCAUGUGAUUAUCCAUUCAUUCCGGUGGGCUCCCUGUGCUACUACUUUUCCAGCGAAGGUGCAUCUUGGCACGAUGCCAGGCUAGCCUGCCAGAGCAUGGCAUACGAGUAUACCAACUUGCCCGUCGAUUUGGCAGUGUUUGAUUACUUCCCAGACGACUUCAGCCCUGUAUUCCACUACGUCACCCUUCUAGGAAAUGAAACAUGGUGGAUCGGAGGAACGGAUGAAGGUCAUGAGAACUAUUGGGUUUGGGUUGAUGGACGCCCUAUAGACAUGCUCCAGAGUUACUGGCGCCCAGAUGAACCUGACGCCCUUGAGGACCAGAACGCCCUAAUCAUCUGGUACGAGGGAAGUGAAAAAGUCCCUCGAAGGAGGAUUGGGGACUGGGUGGGUGAAAGAAGACACUUCUACAUCUGCCAGCUGGGUGUCAAGGCAGUCACUUAGAAAAGUACAGUGGUAACUAACAAUAAAGAAUAAUAAAGA